UGUUAUGGGUCAUAAAUAACUCUCUGCAUUAUCAUUUUAACACUUACCAUUCGAGUUUGAGCUUUUCCUCUUGCGAUUCAUGGACACCGUUAUCUCCAGUUCAGCAUCACUGACACUGUCACUCCCUCCGGUUCCAGUGCGUACAGUUGCUUCAAUCUCUGCAUCCACUUCGUCCUCUCUUCUUCUUCCUCUGGCUCACUGGUCGUCCAGGCUCACCUCUCAGAGAAGAAGAACACACAGGUUCAGGAAAUCUUCUUCUCCGGUUCCUCAAUUUACAGUGAGUUGCGGUGUUGGUAUCGUGGAGAUCAAUGAGAGCCAGUUCGAAGACACAGUGUUGAAGGCUAACCGUCCGGUUCUGGUUGAGUUCGUCGCCACUUGGUGUGGCCCUUGCCGUUUGAUCUCUCCCGCUAUGGAAUCCCUAGCUCAGGAAUAUGAAGACAGAUUAACAGUUGUAAAGAUUGAUCAUGAUGCCAACCCACGGCUAAUAGAAGAGUAUAAAGUUUAUGGAUUGCCAACCUUGAUACUAUUCAAGGACGGGCAGGAAGUUCCAGAAAGCAGAAGGGAAGGUGCAAUUACAAAAGUUAAACUGAAAGAGUAUAUGGAUGCUUUAUUGCAAUCGAUGUCAGUUUCAUAGUCAUUCAUUUAUGUUAUUCAAAAUUCUGACCUGUUCUUGGAAACUUGCGACAUAGGAGCAGAUCUAUAUAUGUUCCCAUAUCUUUGUUUGACACAGUUUUAACAGGCUUUUACAGUUGUAUCAUUUCUGAAGCUGGCAAAUACAGCAUGUUGUUGUGAAUGAAGGUUGUGCUAAAGUGUUUCUA